CGUCCGUAGGUAUAGUGCCCCACAAAUUGUUGAAUUUAAUCAGCAUGAACAUUGCGUGCCAUAGUCAAGUAUUUGUCAAAUGGAAAUAUUGUGUGCUAAACAUUUAGUAUAUUCAGCCGGGUUUCAUGAAUCUUUCACCUUCCCAAAAAAAUAAAACUUCGUACAAGUUGGGCACGAGGCACAUAUAGCAGAAACCCUGGUAAAGCCCUUGCAUGAAUUCCAAAAUCCAGUCUCUCUCAGCAUUCACGUGAUUGAAGAGACGGCGCAGCGCAAAACGUAUAGUCGAUUACAGAACUCUGUCCUCUAUUCCGCACCAUAAUUCUUCAAGUAGUUAAUUGUAGAAAAACAAAGCAUCCGCAUCAGUGUAUAUGAUGGCAGAUCCACCGACUGAAGGUAGAAAGGCUCGAACAAGGGUAGUUAAAGCUCCUUCUGCAUCAAAUGUGCCAUCGUCUUCAGAUGGACCAAAAAUAUUGGAUGCUGAAACAUUCACCCAUGGGGGUAUUCCUAAGGCAAAGUUUGUUCCUAAAGUACCACAAAGGAGAGUGAAGAAACUGACAGCAGUAAAAAAAGAGGUUGGAGAAAAAUCUGAAGCAGAGCUGUCUGAGUUUCUGAAACUUAUGAAGCAAUCAAAAGAAGAUCCUGGGCGGAGAGGACCUGGAAUAGAUAAAAAGGUUGCACCUGUACGAGUUGCAUUUGGGUAUGGCUCAAGUGGUUCCUUUGGAAGACCAGUACCAGGCUUUUCCAGGGGAGGAGGUGGAGGAGGUGGAGGAGGGGGUGGUGCAGGCAGCUUUCGGGGAGUUGACAAAAAGCCAUCAAUCGAUGAUGAUGCCUAUGAAGGAAUGCUUAUAGAUGAUAAGACUGGAAAACGAUCAAAGCAAUAUGAUGAACCCAUGGAUUAUUCUACAUACUAUCCUAUUUCUCUUCCUUUGAGGAAGCGGUACUCUGGAAAAUCUGAGAUUCUAGAUGAAGAAGAAUUUGGAGAAGGAUCGACUAACACAUUUGACGAGGAUACCAUAGUUCCAGCAGAAGAGCUUGAUUUAUGGAAUGAGAGCAACGAUGACAGAAUUCUUUUUUUCCAGCUUCCAGGUUCACUGCCAUUAGGCAGGUUACCUGUUGUCAAGGCCGAAAAUGCUACUGAAACUAGCAGUGGUGCAAAUGGUAAAGAUGUUAGCCGGUCAGAUGAUAAGUCAGCUAGCAGCUCUGGUGCUUCAAGUACUAGUAAUGAAGAAAGUUUUAUUCUUGAAAGGCUGCCAGCAGGAUUCAUGGGGAAACUGCUUAUAUAUGAGAGUGGUGCAGUAAAGAUGAAGCUUGGUGACAUACUCUUAGAUGCCGUACCUGGAUCUGAGUGCAUUUUUGCACAGGAUGUUGCUGCAAUCAAUUCAGUUACCAAACAGUGCUGUUUUUUAGGUGAUAUAAACAAGCGAGUAACAUUAGUUCCAGAUGUGGACAGCCUUCUCCAAAACACAGUUGAAAUAGGUUAACUUGCCAUCCAAUACAAGUGACACUUGGGAGAAAACUUGCGUUCAAUAUAUUGUGUGCAUCAGAAAUCAAAGCAGGACACUCAUAUUGCUUUUUGGAAGCAGGAAUUUCAUUGGCACAGAUUUAUUAUGAUCUAUUCUUGAAGCAUUGGAUUUGCAGAGAAAUCCAAUCCAAGCCAAUGUUGCAAGGUUGAAGCUAAAAUAUUUGUUGUGCAAUCUUUAUUUUUCUUCGAUCUUAGAAUUAGUUCAUUAAAAUGAUAGUUUUUUGGAAAUGGUCUUGUUGUCACUGAACAGACCCCCUUUCGAGAGCAUCUGGAAAGCUUUUCUGCUUAAGCAUUAUGCUGAAAAUGUCACCAGAUGAUUUGUGGUUCCCCUUUCACAUGAUGUAUAUUAUUCUUACAAACAUUCUGUUCAAAGCUAAAUAGUUGUAUGAUCAUUGACAAGCAAAGAAUAGAUAAUCAAAUUUUUGAGGCA